UUUGACUGAGGAAUGAGGCAAGUUCAGACACAGUGUCUUCAUCCCUUGUGAAAGGGGGGAGAGUUUUCCUUUUGGGGUGGCGACCAGUUGCGCGGACGCGUCUCCACGCCGAGGUUUCGUCGCGCCUGUCACGGCACAGCCAUCGCAAAGCGCUCGCCAAUUUUGAAAGUAUGCUGCGAUGAUCAUAGCGCUCGGACCCCUGUAAGAAUAUGGAUCCGGGAUCGAAACAAUAAGAACCGAGGCGUCUGGAGGGGGCAGAGUCAUCUGGAUUCGCUUCCCAGUUGAGCUGAUUCGCGCUGGGCUUGGCGCCGAUCAGGUGGCCAUGGUGGAGCUUGAGAAGGAGGUUUUGCCGCUGCCGCCGCGGUACCGGUUCCGAGACCUGUUGCUCGGGGACUGGCAAGCGGACGACAGAGUUCAGGUGGAGUUCUAUGUGAAUGAAAACACGUUCAAGGAACGCCUGAAGCUGUUCUUCAUCAAAAACCAAAGAUCCAGUCUGAGAGUGCGCCUCUUCAACUUCUUCCUGAAGGUGGUGAGCUGCCUGCUCUACAUCGUGCGGGUCCUGCUGGACGAUCCGCAUGAGCAGAGAGACUGCCCAGGUUGUCUCCGACAGAACGCCUCGACCCAGAACAGAAGCCACUUCGACUGGUCCCUUAUUAUCUGGGUGAACCGACCUCUGCCGCUCUGGGCACUACAGGUGCUUGUGGCCCUCAUCAGCUUCUCAGAGACCAUGUUGCUUCUGUAUCUCAGCUACAAGGGCAACGUGUGGGAGCAAGUGUUGCGUGUGCCAUUCAUCCUGGAGAUGAUCAGCGCAGUUCCCUUCGUGAUCACUGUGAUUUUGCCCUCUCUCCGAAACCUGUUCAUCCCUGUCUUUUUGAACUGCUGGCUGGCCAAACACGCUCUGGAGAACAUGAUUAACGAUCUGCACAGAGCCAUCCAGCGCACGCACUCAGCCAUGUUCAACCAGGUGCUGAUCCUCAUCAGCACCCUGCUCUGCCUUAUCUUCACCUGUAUCUGUGGUAUACAGCAUCUGGAGCGAGCGGGCAAUAACCUGACUCUGUUCGACUCGCUCUAUUUCUGCGUGGUCACCUUCUCCACAGUGGGCUUUGGCGACGUCACACCACAGAUCUGGCCCUCGCAGCUCCUGGUGGUCAUCAUGAUCUGCGUGGCUCUCAUCGUGCUGCCCAUCCAGUUUGAGCAGUUAGCCUUCCUGUGGAUGGAGAGACAGAAGUCGGGGGGCAACUACAGCCGCUACAGAGCUCAGACUGAGAAACACGUCGUACUCUGCGUCAGCUGCCUGAAGAUAGAUCUCCUCAUGGACUUCCUCAAUGAGUUCUUCGCUCACCCCAGGCUGCAGGACUACUACGUGGUGAUCUUGUGUCCAGCUGAGAUCGAUGUGCAGGUGCGACGUGUCCUGCACAUCCCGCUGUGGGCGCAGAGGGUCAUCUACCUGCAGGGCUCCGCCCUCAAAGACCAAGACCUGAUGAGAGCAAAAAUGGAUGAUGCGGAAGCCUGCUUUAUCCUGAGUAACCGGUUUGAAGUGGACCGCCUCGCUGCGGAUCAUCAGACUAUUCUCCGGGCUUGGGCGGUGAAGGACUUUGCCCCAAACUGUCCUUUAUAUGUCCAGAUCCUCAAACCCGAGAAUAAGUUUCACGUCAAGUUUGCAGAUCAUGUAGUGUGUGAAGAAGAGUUUAAGUAUGCCAUGCUGGCCCUCAACUGUGUAUGCCCAGGCACUUCCACCCUGAUAACCUUACUGAUCCAUUCUUCCAGAGGACAAACGGCGCCCUCAGAAGCUUUCAGGCAGCGAGGGGGAGCCUUCCAGCCCUUGAACAGGGAAGGCGGGGCAAACUCGGCUGACCAGUGGCAACGCACCUACCGCCGAUGCUCAGCCAAUGAGGUGCACCACAUCAGGCUGGAGGAAAGCAAGUUUUUUGGGGAGUACCAGGGCAAGAGUUUCACUUUCGCCUCAUUCCAUGCACAUAAGAAGUACGGGGUGUGUCUCAUUGGUGUGCGGAGGCUGGACACGGCCAACAUCAUGCUGAACCCCGGCCCGUGUCACAUCAUGAGCGCCUCGGACACCUGCUUCUACAUCAACAUCUCCAAAGAGGAGAACUCGGCCUUUGUCAGGGGCCACAGGGAUGCGGCCAGUGGCCCAGGGGGCCAGUCCAGGGGCGUUCCGCAGAGCAUCUACCACGGGCUCACACGCCUGCCCGUCCACAGUAUCAUCGCCAGCAUGGGCACUGUGGCCAUUGACUUGCAUGACAGCGACAGCAAUCCAGAGGGAUCAGGCCAGCCGGGCGGAGCUCAGGGCGUGGGUGGAGGCGGCCGUAUAGGGGGCCGGGCAGGAGGGCGUGUUGGCAACACUCUGGCCCCGCCCACCACCGGUGACCCUGCUGAAGAGAGGCGGCACAGCAUCGCCCCAGUGCUGGAGCUGGUGGACGGGGUGCACGGUACAACCUUUGACCUGCUGGGCGACCAAUCGGAAGACGAGUGUGGAGAGGAGGGCAAGGAUGAAGACGAGGACGAGGGGGGGGUGGAAGAAGGCGAGCUGAAGAGCCAGUGGUGGGGAGCUCAGUGCGACAGGUGGGUAAAGGGCUACCCGCUAAACUCCCCAUACAUCGGAAGCUCCCCCGCCCUGUGCCACCUCCUGCAGGAGAAGAUGCCGUUCUGCUGCCUCCGUCUGGACAAGGCAUGCCACCACAUGCCCUACGAGGACGCUCGCUCGUAUGGCUUCAAGAACAAGCUGAUCAUCGUGUCGGCCGAGAGCGCCGGCAACGGCCUCUACAACUUCAUCGUGCCGCUGAGGGCCUACUAUCGACCCCGGAAGGAGCUGAACCCCAUCGUGCUGCUGCUAGAGGGCAUACCUGAACCAGACUUUCUAGAGGCUAUUUGCUGGUUCCCCAUGGUCUUCUACACCGUGGGCUCGAUUGACAAUUUGGACAGUCUCCUGCGGUGCGGGGUAACGUUCGCAGACACCAUGGUGGUGGUGGAUAAGGAGAGCUCCAUCAUUGCUGAGGAGGACUAUAUGGCUGAUGCCAAAACCAUCGUCAACGUGCAGACCCUGUUCAGGCUUUUCCCAGCACUUAGUAUCAUCACGGAGCUCACCCACCCUGCCAAUAUGCGCUUCAUGCAGUUCAGAGUGAAGGACCACUACUCACUCGCCCUCUCCAAACUGGAGAAGAAGGAACGAGAGAGAGGCUCCAACCUGGUCUUCAUGUUCCGACUGCCCUUUGCCGCUGGGAAGGUGUUCAGUGUCAGCAUGCUUGACACGCUGCUGUAUCAGUCCUUUGUGAAAGACUACAUGAUUUCCAUUACCAGACUUCUGCUGGGACUGGACUCCAUGCCUGGCUCUGGCUUUCUCUGUGCUAUGAAGAUCACAGAGGAGGACUUGUGGAUCCGCACUUACGGGCGUUUGUACCAGAAGCUUUGCUCCUCCACGGGUGACAUCCCCAUUGGCAUCUAUCGCACGGAGCCUCACAAGAUCCCAGUGUCUGAGUCUCAAGUGUCCAUCACAGUGGAGGACUACGAGGACACGCGGGAGCCACGGGAACCCCUGCUCUCUCGCGCCACCCCUCAUCGCAACUCCACCUCCUCCGAGCCUCCGUCCUCCUCCUCCUCAUCCCACGCAUCGGACCACCUGCUGCUGAGGAGGAAGAGCAUGCAGUGGGCACGGCGGCUGAGCCGGAAGGGGGGGCGGGGACCGGGCGGCACCAAGGGCCCCGGCAGCGCCGCCGAGCGUAUCAGUCAGCAGAGGCUCAGCCUGUUCCGCCGCUCGGAGAGGCAGGAGCUCAACGCCCUAGUCCGCACGCGCAUGAAACACCUGGGCCUCUCGCCAUCUGGAUUCAACGGGAUGACGGACCAAGGCAACAGGCUCUCCUACAUCCUCAUCAACCCCUCCCCCGACACACGACUCGAGCUGCACGACAUCGUGUAUUUGAUCAGACCUGACCCACUCUCCAUGCCUGGGCAGGGCAGCGGCCGCAAGGCCGGCGCAGGCAGACCAGAUGGCCACAGGUCUGAUACACAGGACAGCACCCAUCUGUGACCAGACACCAGCACUACCACACAACAACAGUGUGGCCUGGGAUUGCGUCCAUGCAUGUGUGUGUGUGUG